CGUGUCUGCUUUUCCACUCCAAACGCAGGAUGUGUUCAGACGUGUUAACCGAGUCGCCGCUGAAGCUGGUCGCCGUAGACGAAGCAGCCGCGGACAGCCUGAGAGGCCGUGACCUGGUAAACCAUGCCAUGAGAAGCCUCUUCGCCGCCUCGCCAGCGACGUCGCCCAAGAAGAGGGAAGCCGACGGCCAGUCGUCCGCGCCUCAGGCGGGGCUGUCGCUGCUGCCGGCGUCCCUGCUCCUGCAGAAGAGCUUUGGGCUUAUUGCCUCUGAGACUCCUUCGGAAAAGAGGAAAAGAUCCAGGCCUUUCACGGUUUCAAUUGAAGGGAAUAUAGGAAGUGGCAAAUCCACCUUUCUUCAGUACUUUUCAGCCCUACCAGGUGUAGCUACUUAUCAGGAACCUUUGAAUCUUUGGACUAAUCUCCAUGGCCACAAUCUACUUGGGAAGCUGUAUGAAGACCCCAAACGCUGGAGUUUCCUUUUCCAGUCCUAUGUCCAGUUGACUCGAUUAAAUAUUCACCUUCAACAGUGCGACAGUCCUGUCAAGCUUAUAGAGAGAUCAUUGCAAAAUAACAGAUAUUGUUUUGUGGAAAGUGGCCAUGAGUCAGGAGAACUGCAGGGUGCAGAGUAUAGUGUACUAUGUGAAUAUUAUGAUCUGCUCGAGUCAAAUCUUGAUAUUGGAAUAGACUUAAUAGUAUACUUAAGAUCAACACCGGAAACGGUACACAGCAGGAUGUUAGAGCGAGGUCGGUCGGAAGAAGCAGGUGUUCCGUUGGAGUAUCUCAAACAGAUUCACAACUACUACGAGAAUUGGUUACUAGAGCACAAACCUCGUGCACCCCCGGCCCCAGUACUCAUAAUUGAUGCUGACAAGGACUUGGAAAAGGUUAAGGAGGAGUAUAGACAAAAGAAAGCAGUUAUUAUGGGUGAAAAACCUUUGUAAUGAAGGCUGUGAAUCUACAUUUCAUGCGUGUGUGUUUUUUUAUGAUAUAUAGAUUGUGAAGUAUUUUCUUUGAGCUUACCAUCCAUCUUGCUGGUAAAAGUAGUGUAUGUUUAACUACAUAUUUAAUAUCUAAAAAUAGUUAAGUGUUCAUAGCAUUUAAGAUUUUAAACAUGUUUCAAAAGAGGCAGCUUUACUGCCUUAUAUAUAAGCUUCCAUUGGCAUUCAGGUCCAUUUUUUGUAUUAUAAUAGUAGUUCCAAUUGGUUUCUUUUGAACAAGCAAUGAGGUAACCUUUUAAUGUCACCAUGAUAGAUAUAUCUACCUCAGUGUAAGGAUUGUUUUCACCACAUGCAUUUACUCAGCAAACCAUAAUGAUUUU